AACAUAACUUCGCCAGAAUUUCUGUGUCGAGUUUGCCAAAAUGUUCGAAAUCCCGGGCUAUCCGACAAUUUGUCGCGUCUGUCUGGCCAGAAUCGGCGCAGCCGAUUCGGUUCCACUGGAGAUGGCCGUACGAGACGGUGCGGAUAACUAUGGAACCAUUUUGGACCGGGUUUUGUCGCAACAACGAACCGAUCAGAGCAUUGAUCACAGUCAACUUCCGACCCAAAUUUGCAGUACAUGCCGCCAUCGGCUAGACGAGUUUAAUGCAUUUCAGUUGGAAAUUGAGGCAAAUGAACUAUUGAUGAACGCGUGGAUACAGUUCGACCGCAGUGCGGACAUCAACCCGUUGAGCGAGCUGUGUCACCCUGAGGGCGUUCACCAAGUGGCUGUGAAGAACACACUGAAUCGGCUUGGAGUGUUAGAAGGUCGAUCGCUGAAUGAUCUGCUACAAGAUCUUGCGCAAUCGGAAAUGGAACAAAUCAAGGAGGAGAUUGAUAUCCAUGAAAGCGUUAUAGAACCGUUACAAGACGAUGAGAUGCCUGAAGAACCAUCGCAGGACGAUGUUCCCACGGACGGAUCUGACUCGGAGGACAAUCAAGCGAUGGAUAACGAUGAGGACUUCAUUGCUCAAAAGAAAACAAAUCCGAUCAAGCAAGGUAAACGAAGGACGGAAUGUUCCUUCGAGACCUGUGCCCCUUUGGUGCCUGGCCAGAAGAUGGGCCAACACGUCCGGGAGUUUCAUCGCGCGUAUUGCAAACUUUGCGGGUUGGUCUUUCAGAAAAACAGCUCACGUGAUGAACCACAUGGCGAUUCACAAGUCGGACGAGCUUCGGCAUCGCUGCGAAAUGUGCGAUAGGCCGUUCUGGCGAGAAAUUGAUUUGAACCUGCACCUCAAAGAGUUUCACGGGAUGGCAGUGGAUGCGCGCGAGUGUCCGUACUGUGAGGAACGGUUCCAGACCGUCGCCCUGAUGAUUGACCAUCGAGAGGCGCACAAAAGCUGUAAAUUUUGCGAGAAAGAGUUUGUUUCGUACAAAAUCGCCCUUAAACAUAUGCGAGCUGCCCACGUGGAUCGGUUGCACUCGUGCAAGCUGUGUUCGGUGAACUUUCUCGGGAAGCAAGAGUACGAAACACAUCUGCGAAAGCAUCGUGAAGGUGCCAGUGAGAACAGCGUCCCGUUUACGAUGCAAGGUUGGACCGGAUCCGAGUGUAUGACCUGUGAAAGAACUUACUUCAGCGAGCAAUAUCUGUCCGGUCACUUCCAGAAUGAUCACACCAACGGGAUCGAGCAGAAACCGAAACGAACCAUCUUUUACAACAAGCGACCAAAGAAGGAACUCAACCAGCUAGAGUACAAGUUCAAAUGCACUGACUGUCCGGCAACGUUCCGGUUCAGAGCAUCGCUCAAAUGUCAUGUACAAAAAUGUCACAAUGGAGUCAAAUUCAUUUGCGAGCACUGUGGUGCCAGCUUCAGCAACAAACGGGCGCUCAAAUCCCACGAAAUGUAUCGUCACACGAACGAAACUGCCUUCCAGUGUGAAUUCUGCGUCAAACGCUGUCACACCAAGUUCGAUCUGGCCGUCCACCGGCGAACUCACACCAACGAAAAGCCCUUCAGCUGUUCGUACGGAAGUUGCGACAAGCCGUACAAAACCCAGUCGGCACUGGCCAAGCACAUCCGCUACCAUUCCGGCGAACGACCGUACCGCUGUACGUACGAGGGCUGCGAAAAGGCGUACGCCUGUAGCCAGCUGUUGAAGGCUCACGUGCGUUCGCACACGCUGGAAAACCCGUACAAGUGCUGGUACUGCGAGCAUUACUUUAACACGAACAACAACCGGGUCAAGCACUGCAAGCGGCACCACGUGGGUCGGCUGUUUGGGAGGGAGUUUGAGAGGAUUGCCCGGGAACAACAGCAGGAACAAGGACAAAUUCAACAAUAAAAAUAUAAGAAAAAUCACA